GCUUGCCCCUCCAAUUCAACAACAAAAAAACACAAUUAAGAAACGGCUUCUCAAACAGUAAACACAUAAAUUCCUUUAUCCAAAGAAAAAGCAGUUUUGAACUCUCAGUCUCAGCCAUGGAUGUGAGUGCGACGAAGCUGAAUUACUUCGACGACAUGUCCAAACUUCAUUCCAACACCACACUCCUCUCCUUCAUCAAGGGCGAAGAAGAUGGUCGAGACGCUUUGAUAUUAGAGUCAACGAUCUUUUACCCACAAGGUGGUGGUCAACCUGCCGACACUGGCUUCAUCCAAUUUGCCGAUUCCGAUUGUAAAUUCAUUGUUCAAGAUGUUCGCUCCAAAGACGGAAUUGUUUUUCAUUAUGGGUUCGUUGAGAAUCCUGACGGGGAAUUGGAGACAAAGCUUGAAAAAGGGAAGGAAGCUUUGUUAUAUGUGGAUGAGUCAAGGCGUAAGCUAAAUUCCAGGUUACACUCAGCUGGGCAUUUGAUUGACGCAUGCUUGCAAAAAGUGGGAUUGGGUCAUUUAGAGCCAACCAAAGGAUACCAUUUCCCUGAUGGGCCUUUUGUUGAGUAUAAAGGUACAGUUCCACAAAAUGAGAUGCAAGGUAAACAAAAGGAUAUAGAGCUGGAAGCUAAUGCAUUAAUAUCUGAAGGAGGGAAAGUUUCUGUCGCUAUACUACCAUAUGAAGAAGCUUCUGAGCAAUGUGGAGGAUCCCUUCCAGAUUAUAUUCCCAAGGGCAGCACACCUCGUAUUGUGAAGUUAGGAAACAGUCCUGGUGGCCCCUGUGGUGGGACUCAUGUUUCUGAUAUUUCUGAAAUCGGGAUUUUAAAGGUUUCUCAAAUUCGGUCAAAGAAGGGAAUGACAAAAGUAUUUUACAAUGUUGGGUCCUAAUUUAUGGUGACCAUACAAAGUUCUGCAACUUAUGGUAAAGAAAUACUAUACAGAACUUCAUUCUUGAUGCCUACAUUAGUUAGCUGAUUUGAUGUGAUUAUGUGACAUCAAUAUCAGAUGAAAUAUAUGGUCAGCCCCAUUUAUGUACUUUAUUGGAGACCGAGGGGAUCUCAAUGUUUGCAAAUCUGAAAAAUGCUUGUAAUGACUAAGAAAUUGAUACAUAAACUUCCACUUCUAGUUCA